AUGAAAUAUGUUCGAACCUUUGGCUGGGGCAUUGCCCAGUGCAGCAUGCAUAGCGGUGAGGAUCUGCACGGCUGGUGGAGGGAGAUACCCUCCAUCAACAUACUGGCCAUCUCAUCAUCCCCAGGUUAUGACCAUGGCAAGGAGGCCUCCAAUCUUUUCUCUAGAUCUGGCCGAUCUAAAGAUAUCUCUCCCAAUCAUCAGCCGUUGCUAGCUGAGGCCCCAACUCAUCAGCCAUCACCAGCCGUCACCCCUCCUUCACUACCACCUCCUCAUACAGACCCUCCUCCAGCAUCAACUUGUACAGACCCUGCAGCGUCUGCUCUUGGCCAGAAUGUGCUGCAGUCUAUGCAGCAUCUACAUGCUGCCCUGGAGGCGCAUCCAGGAUAUGUGCGCAGCCCUGCUGGCACAACUCUACAAUAA